AUGGUUGAUAAGUCUAGUUCAGGCAGCAAUAACUCCUUGAUCGAUUUGGAAUUUGGAAGAUCAAACUUUGAUCAAUGUAUCUUUUGUUGUAUAGUUUUAAGUGGAGUUGGUUUGAUCCUGGUAUCUUCCAUUGUCAUCUUUUCUGUCUGGCGUCGCAAGAAAGGGAAGAACGGUACUUCACAAUUUCGUAGGGAUCUUGAGGUAGAGAGCAGAUAUUUUGGUUUUCAGGUUCCAGUUUUCUCCUAUGCUAAACUUAAGGAAGCCACCAAUAAUUUUGAUCCCUCUAAUGAACUUCGAGAUGGAGGUUUUGGAACUGUAUAUUAUGGAAAACUAAAUGAUGGAAGAGAAGCUGCAGUAAAAUGCCUCUAUGAGCACAACUGUAAGAGAAUGCAGCGGUUUAUAAACGAAAUCGAGAUUCUUACUCGUUUGAGGCACCAAAAUCUUGUGUCCCUUUAUGGCUGCACAUCAAGACGCAGCCGCAAACUUCUCCUUGUUUAUGAAUACAUUCCUGAUGCAACAGUUGCUGAUCAUCUCCACGGAGAAAGAGCAGCAGAGGGAUCACUCACGUGGCCCAUCCACAUGAAUAUUGCAGUAGAAACGGCUAGUGCAUUGGCUUACCUCCAUGGUUCUGAUGUGAUACAUCGCGAUGUCAAGACUAACAACAUCCUUCUUGACAACAACUUUCGUGUCAAAAUUGCAGAUUUUGGGCUCUCGAGACUUUUCCCUAACGACGUUUCUCACAUAUCAACAGCUCCUCAAGGGACGUCUGGAUACAUUGAUCCUGAGUAUCACGAAUGUUACCAGCUCACUGACAAAAGUGAUGUUUAUAGUUUCAGGGUUGUCCUUAUCAAGCUCGUAUCAUCAAUGCCAGCCGUGGACAUAAGUUGA